AUGCGUUUCUCCGAACUUGCUCUCAUGGUCGCCGUUCUCGGCUUCACAAACGUCCGCGUCGCUCGCGCCCAGGGCGGCUUUGGUGGUUUCGGCGGCGGUGGCUUUGGCGGCGGUGGUUUCGGCGGCGGCUUUGGAGGCAACAACGGUGGUAACAACGGCGGCAACCAAGACAACAGCGACGACAACAACAACGGCAAUAACAACAACGGCAACAACAACAACGGCAACAACAACAACAACAACAACAACCUUGCCCUGGACCAGAACAACGUUCAAGAUGCCUCCCAAUCAACCGGUCAAGACGGCGGUGGUGAUGAGGGUCAGGCCGACUCGCAAACAGACGACGCCAACUUCAUCAACUUCUGUUCCGGCGAGACCCUGACCAACGGCCAACAAGUUCAGGGUGGUUCUUGCAACGGUAUUGUCAUGGGCAAGAUUCCCUCGCAGGACAAGAUGGUCUCCUCGAUGAUCAUCUCCCCCCAACCCGGUCAGGACAUUGAAGAAAACCAAGACUUCGACAUUCAAGUGCAGAUGAACAACCUUGCUGCCGGCUCUUUCACCAACCCGGACAAUACCUACUACGCCGCUCCGCAGGAUCUCGACGACAACGGACAGAUUAUCGGCCACACGCACGUUACCGUCCAGGACAUGGGUGGCUCCAUGACCCCUAACCAGGCCCUCGACGCCUCCCAGUUCGCAUUCUUCAAGGGUAUCAACGAUGACGGCAACGGCCAGGGUCUGCUUUCUGCUAGCGUCGACGGCGGCCUGCCCGCCGGUGUCUACCGUGUCUGCACCAUGAGCUCCUCUUCCAACCACCAGCCUGUUCUCAUGCCUGUUGCUCAGCGUGGUGCUCAGGACGACUGCACCAAGUUCACUGUUGGCCAGGGUAACAACAACAAUAACAACAACAACGGCAACAACAACAACGGCAACAACAAUGACAACAAUAACAACAACAACAACGGUGGCAACAACGGCGGCAACAACGGCUUUGGCGGAUUCGGUGGCGGCGGCUUUGGUGGAUUCGGCCGCCGUGUCAAGAGGUUCUCUGAGCGUGCCUUCGUCGCUUAG